AUGCCGUGCGGCAGCGCCAAGCUUCCUGAAACAGAUUUAGAGCACUAUGCCGCGCAGCUGAAGAAGGAGCUGCGCUCCGGUGAGGAGGAUGACAGCGCCUCGCCGAUCACCUUCCCAAUGUACACCGUGCCUGUGGAUGCGCUGCUCGAGAUGGCCGAAGUGAAGGCGCACGAAGCGCUGCUGCAUGAGGGUGUCCUCACCGUCUUCGACCCAACUCGGGGCAAGGCCAUCUUCGUUUCCCACCAGUGGAUCGGGAACUGCCACCCUGACCCGCAGCUGCAACAGUUUCGGGUUCUCCAGGAGGCUCUCCGCAACAUCCUGUCGGGGGCAUGCAAAAUUGAAGUGGAGGUGACGACCGAGAUCCUCUUUGGCAGGUCCGACUUGCGCGCUCUGUCAAUCGAGGCCUUCGCUGCCAAGCCGUUGCACGUGUGGUAUGAUUACUUUUCCUGUCCACAACUGGAGAGGGCACCAGCUGUGCCUGGCCAGGAGACAAACCUUCAGAAGGCCAUUCGGAGCAUUGCAGGGUAUGUCGAAAGGUGCGAGCUUUUCAUCGCCUUGUGCCCAACGGUCGAGACUCCUUCAAACGUGUUCGACUACUUCACUUGGGCAAAGCGUGGUUGGUGUAUCCUAGAGCACACAGUGAGGGAACUCGCGGACAGGGAAGAUUCCCCUUGGCUGCUGGUGACGGACGCAAAGCACGUUCAGGUUGCACGGUUUCUCAGCUUGAUGAACUCCCCCGGCGAGGGCGCGUUCACGGUCGACGAGGACCGUGCCAAGAUUGCUCACGUGCUCCACCAAGUCUUCAAGCACAAGCUCCGCGUCUACCUGCAAAAAGGUGACAUCGCGAAGUUCCGUCUGCUGCUCAACAGAGAGGCUGCCCUAAUGCGAGGGCUUCCAACGGAGUCUUUGGGCGAUCCGUUGCCAGGCUUCCACCCCAGUGCAGCCGCACAGCCCGACAGCGCGGAGGCCUUUCUGCGCCAGAACGGCUUCAGGAAACUCCUCGAGCGUGAUAGCCUGGGCUUUACGCCGCUGUGCUAUGCGGCUCUGAGGGGCGAGGAAGGCCCGCUCCGCGCCUUGCUCCAGAAGAGGGCCAGCCCUCUCGACAAGAUCACGAAAUCUGUUCCCCUCAUCCAGCUGCCCGACGGCUUUCCCUCACUGAGCCUUUGCGCACGCUACAAGCACCAUGAAGCAAUGAAGAUACUGGUUUCUUACAGGGCCGACGUCAACGCAGGAGUCACGAAGGCGGUGUACAAAGCUCCACUGGGCAUGGCCGGCAUGUCGAACGAUGUGGUAGGAGUUCGGAUGCUACUGCAAUUCCGAGCGGACCCGUAUAUGUGCGCCACCCUAGCGAGACAAGGGCCACUGAACUCCUGCUGUGCAGGCAGUUCCAUGGACACUGUAGAAGAGAUGCUCAAGCAGGUACCAGAUGUGACGAUUCCGUCGCUGGUCGACUGCACUAUUCGCCAUGCAAAGAUAGUCCAAAGACUCAUUGAUGCCAGGGCUGACGUGAAUGAAAGAUACGCUCCACCUGUCCUGAGCUUGCCAGGGAUGUUUCUGGCAACUUACAGCAUGCUCUACAGAACAGACAGCUCAAAGACACGUUUUCGCACGUGGGCAUACCAUCACCACGGCGGAACGCCGCUGAUGAUUCACAUCAUCUGCGGCAACUGGGAUGUGGCUGCCGUCCUGAUCGCAAACGGGGCGCGCCUGGACGUGCGGAACUCCAGGGGGAGGAGCGCCGCCGACUUCGCGCGCGAGAGCUCCGCCCCGGAGCACAUCCUUUCGGCUUUUGAGGCUGAGACUGGAAAGUGCCAGUCACUAGUCCAGAAGAUGACGUCCCCUGUGAAUGAUGAGCUGCGCGGCGGGAUGCAUGAGCCGGAGGCCAUAUUUCCCAUCUGA